AUGAAUUCUAAUAUUCAGAGGCCAGCAAAUCAACGCAGAGCUGAAUGGCGCGCAAAGUGUCGUAGUCUACUCUCAGAACACAUUAAAACACGCCUGGGCAUUGAAGUGGCGGCAACCGACGUACGCCUACUUCCAGGACCGGACGCUAUAUACGAGUGGGAUUAUCUGCCCGAACGACAACAUUUGUUCCAAAAGCAAAUUAGCAAGCACAACAUUGCAGCAUGUAAAGAAAUCACCUCGGAGAUCGGCAAAUCCAUUCACGCUACACUACCUGGGGUGCCAAAGCCGGUGCUAAACGAGCACGGAAUCUCAGACAGUUCUCGUCCCCGAACCCGUCGCGACCCUACAAACCCUCGGAGCUUUUCAUCUCUUAUUUGCGAGCUCACUGAGCGCACUGAAAUCCAAUCUACUCAACUGAGAGAGAACAAACAGUUGAUCGAAGCAAGGGAUGAACAGGUCGCAGCCCUUCAUCUGCAAUGCGAGGAUCGCGAGAGGGAGAUAGCAGAAUUCAAACGCCGAAUUGCAGCGGCACGUAUAAGGCUUGGUGAUUUUGAGAAAUCCAUAUCCACCUUUCAAGAACAAAUCGCAUCGAUAUUGUAA